AUAAUCAAAAUCUCCUGUUCUCAUUCUGUACUAAUACAUUUUAUUUUAAAAGGUUUUUUGUUUGAAAAAUAAAAGGAUAUGGUUUUGCCUUCUUCAGCACCGUUUCCACCCACUGGAAAGAAGGCAAAAGCCUCACCGGAGUAUAACUUUCCGGUGAUCGAUUUCUCUAUACAUGACCGGUCCAAACUAUCGGCAAAGAUUGUGAAAGCAUGCGAGGUUAAUGGGUUUUUCAAGGUGAUAAACCAUGGAGUUAAACCAGAGAUAAUUUCGAAAUUUGAGCAUGAAGGUGAAGAGUUCUUUAGUAAACCAGAAUCGGAGAAGCUACGAGCCGGUCCGGCGAGUCCAUUCGGUUACGGAUGCAAGAACAUCGGGUUCAAUGGAGAUUUGGGUGAGCUUGAGUAUCUUCUUCUCCACGCUAACCCCACGUCUGUCGCUGAUAAAUCUGAAACUAUCUCACAUGAUGAUCCCUUCAAGUUCAGCUCGGCCACGAAUGAUUACAUACGCGCCGUUAAAGAUCUAGCAUGUGAGAUAAUCGAUCUAACGGCCGAGAAUUUAUGGGGCCAGAGAUCUAGCGAGAUUAGCAACCUUAUCAGAGACGUCCGUAGCGACUCCAUCUUGCGACUGAAUCUCUAUCCACCUGCACCGUACGCUCUGAGAGGCGUUAGUCAAAUAGGUUUCGGAGAGCAUUCUGACCCUCAGAUCUUGACGGUGUUGAGAUCCAACGACGUAGAUGGACUUGAGAUUUGCUCACAGGACGGCUUAUGGGUGCCAGUCCCAUCUGACCCUACAUGCUUCUACGUACUGGUCGGUGACUGCCUUCAGGCAUUGACUAAUGGGAGGUUCACUAGCGUGAGGCACAGGGUAUUAGCGAACACGGCAGGGAAGCCUCGAAUGUCGGCGAUGUAUUUUGCGGCACCGCCUUUAGACGCAAAAAUAUCACCGCUACCGGAAAUGAUAUCGGCAGCAAAUCCACGGCGGUAUAAUUCAUUCACAUGGGGUGACUACAAAAAAGCUACCUACUCCCUCCGUUUAGGUGUCCCUCGUCUCGAGUUUUUCAAAGCUUCAUAAGUAUUAAUACCGGAUAAAAUUUAUAUAUUUUUGGCAGAAAUAUACUAUAUGAUUGUUGAUCUUUUAUACAAAAGUAGACACCAUUUGUAUGUAAAUAGUUCUACACGAAAAAAGGAAAAAUUAAUACUGAGAUUUUUGGUCGUUUAAUUACAACUGAUAAAUCAAAUAUGCAAUGAUUUUUUUCUUUUGCACUUUGGUGAUAAACUAAAACUAUAACCAAAGAGGCAAAUAUGUGGUAGACUGGUGGUAACAUCCUUUCCCUUAAGCCCCAAAUUGAAACCUUUACUGCUAAAGAAAUUGACAAUAGUAAAAACCAAAGACUUAAUACAAGUCAUCUCUAUAAUGAGCAACUAACUCUUA